CAACGGUUAAUAAUUGAUACACACAUGCUUUCCGUGAAUACUUUAAAUACAAGAAUUAAUUUCCACGAGUAAAAAGAGGAGACAAGCUUUUCUUCAAUUUCGGUUAAACCAUUUUCGUUCUUUCUUCUUUUAACAAGAAACCACCGCUCUGUACAAAACAAAGUCUCCGUCGUUUCUUCUCCGUUCUCCGGUCAAUUCGAAUUCCUCAGAGAGAAAUUUGUGCUCGCGAGUUCCGCGUGAAAUACAUGGAAAUGUUGGCGGCGUUGGACUCGCGUUCUUCUCUCCAUCUUCAUCGUUCCAUGUCUCGCGUUGACCUUUUUGCCGGUGUUCGUAUGAAACCAUCUCCUACAAGUCCUGUUCCGAAUACGCCUCGAAUAUGUGGAAGUAAACUCUGUUGAUUCGACUCUUCCUCUUCCCUUUAGUAGUUCCUCCGUUUGUUUUUCCUUUGCAUCUGAAUUUCCAGAUCCAAUCGAAGCUGUGAUUACCUGUAGCGUCUUGUGUAGUCUUAUUUUAGGUAAGUGAUCUUUUCUGGUGAAGAAUUUAGAAGAUUGUGUUUGUACUCUGAAACUUCUUAGGAUUGUGGAAUUGGGGGUUUUCUUUUAGGGUUUGUUGAGUCGUGAAGUUGUUUGUGUCUGUUGGAUCUCUGAAUGGCUGAGAAGAAAGAAUUAGGGUUACCAAAGCCUAGUAUUAAUUUGAAAGAGCAAUUAGCAAGAACUACUCUGAAGAAUCUGAGGUUACAAGGGCAUACUUACAUUGAGCUACGUGAGGAUGGGAAACGUUUUGUAUUCUUCUGCACUUUGUGUCUUGCUCCUUGCUACAGCGACACAAUCUUGCUUGGGCACUUGAAUGGAAACCUUCACAAGGAGAGAUUGGCAUGUGCUAGGAUCACACUUCUUGGAACGAAUCCUUGGCCUUUCAGUGAUGGUGUACUUUUCUUUGAUAGUUCAACUGGAGAAGAAGAAGAGAAAUCUCCAGUUUCUGGUGGUGAAGGGGUUCCUGAUACGUUGGAGCAUUGUAGUGAUGAUGAAAGAUUUGCUAUUGUCAAGUAUGAUAACAACAAAACAAAUGGAGAUAAUGUGCCUGCUGCAGUUACUGAUGAUGAACCUAGUCACGCUGCAGAUGAUCUGCUAAUUUCUGGUGUGCUGAUCAAGGAGAGAACUCUUGAUGUUGAAGCAAAGUUCAUUGGUUUUGGCCGAAUAGCUGCCAGGUUGUUUGAAACGAAAGGACGCACAACUUGGAUUGAUAAACUAUGGUGCGAGUGGUUAGGAGACGAGGGUCCUUCAGAUGAGGAGAAGGCUACGAUCCCGGAGCAUGACUUUGCCAUUGUCACAUUCUCCUACUUCUACAAUUUGGGUAGGCUGGGUUUGCUUGAUGAUCCGGGCCGUCUUCUCACAUCUAGUCAGUCAGAAUCAGGGAAUGGUGAGGACAGUGGCAGGAAGAGAAAGAAGUCUUUCUCGGAUCCAGAGGACACCAGUGAAUCUCUGUGUAAUCAGUAUGACUCUUCUGAGGAGGUUUCUUCAGGUCAUAAUUCAAACUCGUCAAGAGAUCUAAUAGCUGAUUAUGAUGAUAGUCUCAUGAGCAAAAGAGUCGUGAAGAACAGAACGGUAAGACGGGAGCUGAGGAGGCAACAACGAAUAUUUUCUGAAAGAAUAUGCGAAGUCUGUAAACAAAAGAUGCUUCCAGGGAAAGAUGCGGCAGCAAUACUAAACAUGAAGACGGGAAAUCUUGCUUGUGGCAGCAGAAACCUCCUGGGGGCGUUUCAUCUAUUUCAUGUGUCGUGUGUCGUACACUGGUUUCUCUUCUGUGAGAGUGAAAUACUUGGGAACAAGAUGGUGAGUGGAAAAGGAAAAAAGAGAUGCACAAAGCAUAGUGGUCAGACUGGUGUAAAGUGGAAUGAGUUGGCAAACGAUGUGAGCUGGCAAAUAUUUUCGGUGUUCUGUCCAGAAUGCCAAGGCACUGGCAUAAAUAUCGAAGGAGCUGUGAUUGAGAGAGACACGUUUCCACUUUCUCAGACAUGGAGGUUCCAGGUGAAAGUGAGUGAAGGUAGAAAAGCAUGGGUUAAAAAUCCGGAGAGAUUGAAGAAUUGCUCAACCGGAUUUCAUUUUCCGCAGCAGGCUGAGGAGACGGAACAGAUUCCGGUUCAGGAGGAGAGAGUGCAGAUGAUGAAACUGGUUCGCUUCUACCGAGUGGAGUUGUAAUGUAGGAAACAUACUCAUUUCCUCUUGUGUAAAUAAGGGCUUCGUCUCUCAUUUUACAGUUCACUGUAAAUUUACAUUUACUUUCUUACUAUCUGAUGAUUACUUUGAAGCCCAAUUUAUUCUUUUGUCUCAACUUGUUUUCCUGUCUAGAGAUUUAUGACUUAAAACUGUAUAGAUACCAACAAGGAAAUUCGAACUUUUUAAAACCUAUAAGAAGUGGAAAUAGG